AUGUCGCCCUGCACCUUCGCCCUCCUCCUCCUCGUCCUCCGUGAUGUGCUGACCUUCCCCGCGCCCGGCCGUGGCCUCCAUCGGCAGAAGAGGGACUGGGUCAUCCCCCCCAUCAACUGCCCCGAGAACGAGCGGGGGCCCUUCCCCAAGAAGCUGGUGCAGAUCAAAUCCAACAAGGACAAGGAGACCAAGGUUUUCUACAGCAUCACGGGGCAGGGGGCGGACACCCCCCCCGUGGGCGUCUUCACCAUUGAGCGGGAGACGGGGUGGCUGGAGGUGACGAAGCCGCUGGACCGAGAGGAGAUGGAUAAAUACGUCCUCUUGUCCCAUGCCGUGUCGGCCAACGGGCAGCCCGUGGAGGACCCCAUGGAGAUCAUCAUCACCGUGAAGGACCAGAAUGACAACCGGCCUGUCUUCACCGAGGCAGUUUUCCACGGCACCGUGCCGGAGGGGGCUGAGCCAGGGACCCCUGUGCUGCGGGUGCUGGCCACGGACGCGGAUGACGCCGAGAGCUCCAGCAACGGGGUCGUGGUCUACUCCAUCCUGCGCCAGAUGCCGGACCAGCCCCAGCCCAACAUGUUUGCCAUCAACGGCAGCACCGGGGUGAUCUCCGUGGCUGCAGUGGGGCUGGUGGCACAGGCGGUCCCCGAAUACACCCUGGAGAUCCAGGCAGCUGACAUGGAAGGAUACGGGCUGCAGGCCACUGCCACAGCCCUCAUCAAAGUGCAGGUGAGGCGCCGAGCCCACCCUGUGCCCCCACGGCAGGCGGACAGGCAUGGUUAG